UUCAAUUACACGAAAGAACUAAAAGUCAGUAUUUUUAGUGAGAGCGGAUUAUUUCAAAUAAACAUGCUUGUUGUUAUAUUUACAAUGAGCAGAAUAUUAUAAUUAAGGUAGUGGACUCUUUAUAGUAAUCGGCAGUUUCCGUGUGAUUUCAUACUUAUUUCGGCAUUCUCCUGUCAUAAAUUUAGCUCACAGGAGAAAUGAUAUCUUUAGCAACCAAAGAAUUGUGAAAACAUGUUUCUAUCUACUUGAUUUACCUAAUAAUUCUGGAUCCCAUUUCUUAAGAAUUUUGUUGCCGAAAUUCCAUACGGAAUCGCACAUAAAUUGCUGAUUGUUAUGACGGAUCUAUUACCUUAUUGUAUUGUUUGUUUUCGGUAGUGUUUAUUAAGUCGGCGAAAUGAACAUAAAUGAUGACUACGAAAACAGGAACUUAGCAGCCGAUAAAGGGACUAUGUUCUCCGUAUUAGUUGAAAAGAUGUGUAAUAGUAAAUCGCAAUUGUUUGUUUUGGUUUGUUUGUGGUAUGGUCUUUAUAUUAUCUACUGUCUCGGCCAUUGCAAGUUGUUUGUGUUCUCAAAAACUCGUUUGGAAUUUGGUAUUGACUACAACUUAAAUGUCACGAAGCACAAUGUUUCAGCGAUUAACAUGUCGAUCAAAUACUCAUUGAAAAAAUCUUUUAAUGAUAAUUUGAAGAAAAAAGGAAUUAAUCAGAAACGCUGUUUUACAUUGUCACGGAACGUUCAUACCUUAGCGGAUUUUUAUAAACUGAAUGAAGAAAGAGUGAAAUUAGUCACCGGAAGUAGGCAGAAGAAUACUGGAAAUAUCGAAGAGAGCAUUCGACGACUUAGACCAAAAGCUUGCAAGCGUUUUGUAGGACUCGUACCUGCCAAAGGAAGAACUGGAAAUAUGAUGUUUGAAGUGGCAUCUAUUAUUGGAAUUGCCUAUAUGUAUGACGUAAUACCAAUUAUUCCUGAGGAAUUGCCCCUGAAUAAGUAUUUUGAAUUACCAAAUACAAUAAAAAGGAAGCAUAACGUAUUAAAAAACGUUGCCAGACUUGUUUGUAAACCGGCUGCAAUUUAUUGCAACUUUACUAAGGCUUUUACUUCUAAAUCAAAUAUCACUGUACAUGGCUAUUUACAAUCUUGGAAAUAUUUUGAACACGCAAGGGACAUAAUCAGGAGUGUGUUUAAAUUUAAAACUAAACAUUAUCUCAGAGCCAAACAUUAUUUAUCUAGCAUAUAUAUGAAUGGUUAUGAACGGGUGUGCAUUCACGUGCGUCGUGGAGACAUUGCCAACAAAAGAAAGAUUAAAUUCGGAUAUGCCGUCGCCGACGUUGUAUUUAUUGAGAAAGCUAGAAAAUUUUAUAUCAAAAGAUUUUCCAAAGUUCAAUUUAUCAUAUUAAGUGACGAUAAAGACUGGUGCAGGAAAAAUCUAAAGGAUGUAUAUAUAAGUCCCUUUUCAAGCGCAGCAGACGACAUGGCUUUGAUGACGUUGUGUGAUCACGUGACUAUUACGGUGGGAACAUUCGGAUGGUGGGGAGGGUGGCUUUCUAAUGGUACAACCGUAUAUUUUGACGGCUUCCCUACCCCACAUAGUGGACUAGCUUCUAAAAUGAACAGAGACGACUAUUACCCUCCUAACUGGAUUGGUAUUUCCUAAAAGAGAAAUAACAAUAUUUCGCAACGGUCCGAAUCUAAAUGUUCACCUUGAAACGACAACUCAGCGGGGUUUGAGAAGGGACAGGGUGCGUGGCUUAUCCGUUUUUGUGAAACAUUGCAUAGAUUGUGCGUGGCUCAUCACUUUUUGACAAACUUUGCAUGGAUGUUUCGGACAAUAAACGGUCAGUAAGUUUAUUCAAGACAGGAAUCGCAUUUAGAAAGAAGGAUUUUCUGUAGUUGUAAUAGCUGGAUUGAAUAGUUUGGAAACACUUUUUAUUGCGUAACAAUUAUAUUCUGAAGAUAUGUGUAUAUACAUUUAAAGCGGUACACCGUAAAAUCAAAAAUCAAUUGAGUUUGUCGCGUUAUUUUUCGUUAUUUUAAAGUGACUUUUCUAUAUAAUGCAUUACAUAAGGAACUUUUAUUACAUUUAGACAUUGUCUACAUUUAUAUAUUGUCUGGCCCUUGAAGAUAAUGCGAUUUAUUAAGGGCCUCUGUGGCCAGGUCGUUUAGGUAGCUACCUUCGGAUCACUUGCCCCUAACCGCUGCGAGCUUGAAACAUCGCGUGGAGUGUACAAUUAUUUGAUGUGAGGAAUUUCGGAAACUUACUACACAGUAUCCAUGACUCUAGUUACCUCCCCUGACCAUCCAUUCGCGGACUGAAAUGAAAUUGAUAAUUAUGUCACGGGUCGGACUGACUACACAGCUGCCCGCUCGUGUCUGAAAUAAUGCCCGACUGGCCACCCGGGGUAUUCCGCCAUCAUCAAAAGCUGUUAUGUCGCCAUGCGGCCUAAAACUGUGUCGGUAUGACGUAAAAUCUAACACAAAUAGUUUUUAUGACUGAUAGGCUGGUGCGUGCCUUUCCUAAAUUCGUGUACAGAAACGUCAGGCGCCGAUGACGUCAUAUCUCCUGCAGUGUGGUAACGAUUCAUUUCCGUGCGAUUGCAUCACCUCUGUAUGCGAUUUCGGCAUCUUUCGGCCAUAACAGAAACUUAUUUGUU